GCGGGGCGCGCGGCGGCCCCUUGGCGCUGAGGGGGCGCGCGGCUCCGGCCUCUGCCCGGGCCGAUCCUGCCCCGGCGGCGCCUUUCCCGGCGGCCGCCCCGCUCCUUGUCGCUCUCUCCUGCCUCCCGCCGCGAGCAGCCGGGGCCUCCUCCAUGCGGGAGAAGAGGAGGAGGAGGAGGAGGUGGGAGCUGCUCGCCGACCAUCCCCGGCACCCGGCAAGUCGUAGCCGACCCGCCGCCGCGCCGCUCCUGCCGCAUCUCCCCGCGGCGCGGAGCCGGCCCUGAGCUCUGCUCGCCGCGCCGGUCCCGGACCCCUCCUCACAGUCUUGCCACCACCUUCCUCCUAGUCUUCCCAGACCCCUCCUCCUAGUCUCCUAGUCUUUCUCCUUUUUGUUUGUUGUUGUUGUUUUUUUUUUUUUUUUAAAUUCUCCCCCUCUGGUUCUCACCCUGGCUGCGAGCAAAGCGUCUUCAUGAGCGCAGAGGAUGUCCGGAAAGCACUACAAGGGGCCUGAAGUCAGUUGUUGCAUCAAAUAUUUCAUCUUCGGCUUCAAUGUCAUUUUCUGGUUCCUUGGCAUAGCAUUUCUUGGGAUUGGAUUGUGGGCAUGGAAUGAAAAGGGAGUGCUGUCCAACAUCUCCUCCAUCACUGACCUGGGAGGCUUUGAUCCUGUUUGGCUCUUCCUAGUGGUAGGAGGAGUUAUGUUCAUUUUGGGAUUCGCAGGAUGCAUUGGAGCUUUACGAGAAAACACUUUUCUUCUCAAAUUUUUCUCUGUAUUUCUUGGAAUUAUUUUCUUCUUGGAGCUCACUGCUGGUGUUCUAGCAUUUGUUUUCAAAGACUGGAUAAAGGACCAGCUGUAUUUCUUUAUAAACAACAACAUCAGAGCCUACCGAGAUGACAUUGAUUUACAAAACCUCAUAGACUUCACACAGGAAUAUUGGCAGUGCUGUGGGGCUUUUGGAGCCGAUGACUGGAACCUUAAUAUUUACUUCAAUUGUACAGAUUCCAACGCGAGCCGAGAGCGCUGUGGUGUGCCAUUCUCUUGCUGUACUAAAGACCCUGCUGAAGAUGUUAUUAAUACUCAGUGUGGCUACGAUGCAAGGCAAAAACCAGAAGUUGAUCAGCAGAUUGUUAUCUACACUAAAGGCUGUGUCCCUCAGUUUGAGAAAUGGUUGCAGGACAACCUUACCAUAGUUGCUGGUAUAUUCAUUGGGAUAGCAUUACUGCAGAUAUUUGGGAUAUGCUUAGCCCAGAAUUUGGUUAGUGACAUUGAGGCUGUCAGAGCCAGCUGGUAAAACUGCUGAAGUAACCACAACAAGACACUGGACAACCGAAACCCUCUGAAACCUCCAGUGUGUCACUCCGACACCAAGCUGUAUGGACAUGGGUGACAGGGAAGCCUUCUCUCCCAAGUAGUCUCAAGUUUAAGUUCCUGAUAUUGCAGUGAACUUGUGUUUUUUUGGGGUGGGGGGAGAAGAGUGGGCUAUUGAAAAUCUGCUGCUCACUGACAAUUUUUUUUUCUUUUAAACCACCACUUUGAAAGCUGUUGAGCCGUGAAUCUCUACUGUAUUCUUGAUUUUGAGUAACAAGUGGACACUUUUUUAAAAUUGGUGUAUUCGGUGAGACAGAGUUGCAUUGUUGUAGUCUGUGGAUAUGCUGUUUAUUCUUCAUGUCAUGAGCUCUUUGAUAGCUGCCAAAUAUUCCUGAGAUGGUCUAUCUCCUCACCACUCUGUAAAGGAACAAUCUUCUUGUUUUCACAGCUAAACAUAGCUACCGGCCUAAACCCAUGAAGCAGGAAGCAACUUUCUAUGCAUCUAUUGUACAGUAAAAAAAUUUGUUUUUAAAACAAGGGAAAUUAUUUUUAUGCAAGCUUCCAACUAUCUCACUCUAGUACUCUGAGGUUGGAAUCAGCAGAAGGGAGAAUCGCUUAAUUUUGUCAAGAUCUUUCUUCCUUCUCCACUCUUGUAUGAAGGGAAAGGAGUUUUAUAUUUGACGAACAAGGGUUGCUGCCAUACCUUUGGAUUUCAGUCUCUUAAGGCAAGGAUGGGAUAUAACUGUAUAAAUGUAUGAAAGCAGUGUGGAUGUUGGGUCCAAGUAAAGAAUAAUACUCAAAUAAUGGAUUAUAUAUUAACUUAAAAAAAUCAAAACCUGUGUAUCUGAUAUGGCAAAAUCUUUUGUUUCUCUGAAAUUUAGCAUAACCUAAUGUAUUUAGGGAUCUCACUGAUAUUAAUGCUUUGACAUACUCAUGCAAAGCUUGUUUCUUUGGUCUGUUCCUAGUUGGGGCUUUGGUCUUUCUUUUUUUCUUUUUCUUUUCUUUAAUUCUUUUUACUUGCAUGAGCUGUGGAAUAAGACUCUGUGACACUCCAGUGCUUUAAAUAUGUGCAUAUGUUUUAAUACAGUCUAAUCCAAACUUAUUUAUUGAUAAAUGCAUGUGAUUAUGGAAAGAUCAUUUCCCAUUCUCUUGGAAGUUGGAGAGAACAGUUUUUGUCAGAGUAAAUGCUUACCUCCAGUGAACAAAUCCAUGCUAUGGAGACGUCUCCUCUUCUUGCUCUCAAGGCAUCAAAAAGCUUUCUUGAAGCAACAGAAUAAAAAUAUUAAAAUAUAAGCAUUUAUUAGCAUCAGCUAAGGCAGACCCUUUUGAAUUGGCCACAAGAAAGCAGAAUGUGGGAAAAAGCACAAAUAGUGGAGAAGACUUAAAUCAGGCUCCAUCCAGCUUAGUGUUUUGGAUUUGUUCUUCUUCACUAAUAAUAGUGAACUUAAAGACCUGACCAUGGCUUGGGUAGUUUAUUGCACUUUGUAUAAAUUUAGCAUAUUUUAUGACCCUUCUCCGUGUCUCCAUACCAGUCCUGAAAGCUGUGGUCCUGCUUUGGUCCGACAGUGGCAAAGGGUGUGUAGCACCUCCUUGUAAGGACGUAACAUCUUUCUGAGUUUCCUAAACCAGGAGGUAUAUGGAGAAGGAGAGAGGAACACAUUGCUUUCAAAGCUUCCCUGUUCUGGGGAAUAGAUAGAAGGCUGAUCUGGUGACUUCUUAAGGCCCUUUUUGGUCCUGUGACACUUAAACAAAUGAAUAUACGUACCCUUGCACAUUUUGCCUUUCUGUGCUUUAGUUGGCCGUGGUUUUUCUCCCCUCUGAAGGCUGGUGAUGGGCACACUGGUGCUUCACAGAUGCCUCAGACAGACCUGUUGUCCUCCCAUCUUUGAGCAUUACCUCAUCCUCUCCUGGUUAACUCCCACUGACUGGCUCUGAAUCAGGCAGCCUCCAUAUCCCUUGGUAUCUGCUGUUAAAGGCCAGCCAUGACUCAGAGUAUUUUUUAAAGCCUUUCAAAACAAUUAUAAUUCAUUGUCCUUAAUAAAGUUGGUUCCACCUCAGCACAGUGUUAUGUUUUUCUUAGCCACUCCUCUAUUUGAGGAGGUACUGGUUGUUUUCCCCCAGAGGGACAUACCAUUUUGCCUGAUAGUGGCAGGACUGACAGAUCAUCAGCACCAGUGUUGCUGCACUGAGACAAAAUGGUGCAGGGAGGAAUCAGGGAAGUAGGGUUGAGGAAAUAACCCCUCCACCAAAGAGCCUUGAUUGUGAUCCUGGGCUUUGGUUUGGAGGGAAAACAAAAAGCAUAAUUACAGAAACAUUCCUUGUUGCCACUGAUCUUGAAUACUACUGUUGCUGCUCUGAGUUUCUGAAGAUAGCUUCAUUCUUCUACUUGAAUCUCUGCAGUUGUACUGUAUUGGCCUUUUCUCUUGUCACGCUGUUCUCUGAGUUCCAGUCUGCUGGCUGUGCAGUUGUCAGACUGAUAGGAGGAUAAAUGCUCCAAGCUGAGCAAUUCUUGUUCUCACAACUUGCACGUCUACACACAAACGUGCAACACUUUUGCUGAAUCCCAGAAUGACUGACUGUUCUUACAAAAACCACUAGAUAACUUAGUUUUCUAGAGCUCGUCUUUAUUACUGUGAUGUUGAUCCUUCUUGCUCCCUUGUUCCCAAGAGAUACUUAUUUACUCAUUUUUGCAUUGUUUGAUGGAUGUGCACUGAAUGUUUAACUGUCUGUUACACAUUUAAAUCCCACAUUUUUUUGUCUACAGAUCAGGUAAGAUGUCUUAGAAGUGUCCCAUCAACAGCUACUCAGCAGCUUAGGUGUCUAGUUGUGAAAGCUUGUGGGAGGCCUUGGAAAUCAAUGUAUUAUUAUCAGAGCCUGCCAAAUACAAGCAAACUUUUUUCCAGGAAACUUUGAAAAGGUCACAUGAACUGCAACUAAAGCACAACUGCUGGCUACGUGGGCUCAGUGUCUAAAGCAAUAAGAUGUGGUAGGCACUAGGACUCCAUGGCAAUUUCCUGCCUGGUGUGGUGGUGGGCUACAUGUGAGUUCAGAGAUCAGCCUAAUUAUCUUUAAUGUGCAGUAGUUUUUCAGAAAUUUGUUGUCAGGCUUACGGAGUGGGAAACAGCUCUGUUUGCUGGGUAAUUCCUGUGGAGUAGUGGCAUUGCUAACGAGGACUCUGGUAGCUCAGCAGCAGCGCUGGCUUUAAAGCUAUUUCCAUAUAUCCCAUUGAGCCCUGCCAGAGAGCGUCACAGUCCUUGAUCCUCUGCUUUCUAAAUAUCCUCUGUAUUUCACAGGCCUUUCUGUUGUUUCGGUUUGGGGUUUUUUUUGAUUAAUAGCCUAAUGGACAAAUGUUUGAUUAUCUCUUUGUGUCUAUUUUGGUGGCAGUAGGAUCUCUUUGCUUAAAAUCCAUAAUUUUGAUUGUACCCCUUAGGGUUUGAAGCUGUGGGGGUGCUUGCUCAAGUGUACUCUGUCCCGAAAGCCUUCUUCUCUCCCCUUUGAGAGAGAUGCUCAUUGUAGUUCUGGUGUGUAAAUAGUGUUUGGAAUGUAAAUAGUAGCAUGCAGAUUAAAUGAUUCUUGCACAUGACUGCUUUUCACCCUGAAAGUGUUUAUUAUGGAGACGAAAGGUGUCCACCAGGAGAGUCCCAAGUGGUUGUCUGGGCUGUCCCUUGUGCUGAUGGAGCAGCAGGAGCGCCUCAGCUGUCCGUGCUCGGUGUCUGCCCUGUGAGUGGGUGGCUGCCCCUGAGGAGGGUGAAGCCCUGGCCAGCCCUUCGGGCCCUGGUGAGUGGCAGGGCCUCCCUUGCCUUUUCCCUUUGCUGCUUGGCAUUAGAACAGCAUUUGACUGUAAAGUGGAGAGUUGGUGGCAGCACCUCCUACCAGUUUGUGGGAGGUUGCCAUCACUUGUGGCAGGACUAAACAUGGUGCUAUAAGAACUGUCCUGGAUGUCAAUCUGUGUUUUUACUAUUUAGAGAUGCCCUUGUUAAAAUUGGUCUUGGGUAAUAUGGUUGGUUAUGAGAGAAACUAUUGUCUAAGUUUUUGAUUCUGUUUCCCUUCUUGCUGUGUAUGUCUUUUGGGUGCAUUGAAAUAGCAGUUCUGCAAAUACCUAUGUAUUUAUUUUGGUUUAGGGUAAAUUUGGGAGAGAACUUUUAAAGGGUUUUUUUAAGAAAAGCAGAUUGAAUUGGUUUUUAAAUUGAUUUGGAAGAAAAUAUUUUU